CCAAGUUUAGUGAUAAACAAACAAAAUACAAAAUUGCAAGAAUUGCGCUGUGUUUUGCCCUGAGAGGCAGUCAAAGCUCUAGGUAGUCACCUGCUUUGUUCCAGAGGCCGUGUGCAAUUCAUCGUAGAGGCCCAUUUCACUCACCGUAGCACAAUUUUCAAAGCACGGGCCUAAGCAACCGAGAUGAGCGUGAUUUAGAACACCAAUCUCAUGCUGAAAACACAGACUGUACUGGCAUUGGAUCUCAUAAACACAUUUCACGCCCACUUUUAAAAAAGUCAAAAAUGGCAUUCCCUCUAGCGCGAAAAGCUCUUGGGAGGAUUUGCAGCAAAACAACGAGGACAUCGUUAUCAUUGAACUGUCGAGGAUCAUUAUCGAGUGGGAUCCUGCAAUUAAGCCCAUCGGGAACCAGGGCUUUGCGGCAUUCAUAUUCACCAUGGACGAAUUCACCACAGAGGCUUGGUAAAAGGGGGAUUGCUACGACAGUUUCAGCCUCUGAAUUGCAGUUUGGCCAGCCAGUUCAUGAGACUCACCCGCACAUACUAAAGGCUGGAGAAUUAACGCCAGGAAUCUCGGCUCAAGAAUACUAUGAUCGCCGUCAAAACCUUGCAGCUCUUCUCCCCGAAAAUGGAGUCGCCAUCCUUGUCUCGGCAGAGCUCAGGUACCGCUCUGGCGCCGUCUUCUUCCCCUUCCGCCAAGAAUCCAACUUCCUGUACCUGACGGGCUUCGCCGAACAGGAUGCCGUGGCUGUGAUCCGGAAAACCGGCCAGCAUGACCACGAAUUUAGGCUGUACGUCAGGCCAAAGGAUGCCUCGGCCGAGCAGUGGUCCGGCCCUUGGAGCGGCGUCGAUGCAGCCAUGGACGUGUGGAACGCCGACGUUGCCGGGCCCAUCUCUGCCGCCGCACACGAGGUUGGUCAGCUGGCCAAGGCCGCCUCGCCAGCCAUCUACACCGACGCUCCUGCGUACGGCGGUGGCACUGGUGCGGUGAAGCCGCUCGCGCCGCUGGUCAACUCCCUGCGCGCCAUAAAGUCCCCCGCCGAGGUGGCCAACAUGCGCCACGCGGGCCGUGUCUCGGGGCGGGCUUUUACUGCCGCCAUGCGGGGUGAUGCAUCCGGAUCCGACUGGAAGUAUGAGCGUGACCUUGCCCUGUUCUUCGACCACACGUUCUCCACGACUGGGUGCGACGGCCAGGCAUACGUGCCGGUUGUGGCGGGCGGGUCCCGUGGCAGCAUGAUUCACUACGUACACAAUAACCGCGAGCUGCCGACAGGCGAGAUGGUAUUGGUGGAUGCCGGUGGCGAGUACGGCACGUACAUCACCGACAUCACUAGGACAUGGCCCAUCAACGGCAAGUUCACCCCUGCGCAGCGAGAUCUGUAUGAAGCCGUGCUCAAGGUACAGCGGUCGGCUGUGUCGCUGUGCCGUGCGGAUUCGGGCUUUUCACUGGACAAGAUCCACAUGAUUGCCCAGGAUGGACUACGCGAUCAAUUAAUACAGCUGGGUUUUGAAUUUGAUGGCAGGAAUGGGCGGGCUAUACAGACGUUAUUCCCGCAUCACUUGAGUCACUACGUUGGCCUGGAUGUCCAUGAUACUCCUGGGUAUUCCAGGAGCGUACCCCUACAGCAAGGUCAUUGUGUCACGGUCGAGCCUGGUAUUUACGUGCCCGACGACGAACGCUGGCCUGAGCCCUUCCGAGGAAUGGCCAUACGCAUCGAGGACAGUAUUUGCGUUCUGGACGAUGUACCGCUUGUUUUAACAUCCGAGGCUGUCAAGGAGGUGGCUGAUGUUGAAGCUCUACGGGCAUGACUAUAAUUAUAGCAAAUUUUUCUGCUUAUCACUGAGCCCUGUAAAUUAUUCAUAGCCAGAGAAUGUAAAAUCUUUGUACUAUUUUAGGUCUCAUUUUAUCCGACCCGAGAUUCUAG